UCUUGGAGCGGUCUGGUAUCUGGCGUCGGUUGUUUGUCAGCUGUCAAAAAGUGGGCUGCUGCUGUUUUGCUGUGUUGUCUGAAGGCUCGGUGCAGAAAAAUCCGCCUGCAUUUGCAGUUUUCCGCUUGUGGUUCGUUUUAGCUACGUGCAAUAAGGUACUUAUCUAGUGGUGCAACCGUGAACAGUGUUUGUCAAGUGUUCGCUAUCCUGUGAGACGGUUCCGGGGUAGAACAAACAAAACACAUCCACACGGAAGACAACUCCCCGACCUCGCCUCAAACUCCUUCGGCAAACAGUUGUCCAUCGUCCUCGCCCCAGCAAACGAUGGAGGAGGAAAACAAAAAACCAUACAAGAUUAAGGACGUGACGAGAGCGAUCAAGAAGGCGGUCGUGGCCGGCACGCUGCAGGAGGUGCGUACGAAGGCGGCGGAAAAGUUUGACCGCACCGAUCUACCGAACAUCCAUCUCGACUCGGACGGCACCGAGGUGGACGACGAGGACUACUUCCAGACGCUGGAACCGAACGCCGAGCUGAUAGCGGUCUUCACCGGCGAACAGUGGAUCGAUCCGACACACUACGUGACGAUAACGACGCGGCGCGACUCGGCCGACGUCACCGACAGCCCCGAGGUGGAGCGAAUACAUCUGAAGAAGCUGGUCGCGCAGAUGAAGACCAACCUGUGCAACGUGUCGGUGCUGAGCGAGCCGGACCUCGAGCUGCUGUCGAACAUGGACCCGAACUCGGUGGCCGACAUCACCGGCAAGGACUUUAUCGAGCAGCUCAAGGAAGCCUCAGGCAGAAUCCUGCAUGAAAAACGAAAGGCUGCUGACGCAAUUGAGCUGCUAAGGAUCAUUGCCAAGCAGCAACCGAUCGCAACAGCACCGGAUGAGGAGCAGAACGAUCACACGACUGUCGAUUCCGCCGACGAUCUGCAGCUCCGUUCGUUCCUGUCCUCCGUUGCGCUGCGUCCCGAGCGCACACCCAUCACAAACCAACCCAUUGCCCAGCGGUCCGAAACAACGGCCGCAGCGGCCGAAUCCUUGUCGCCUUCAUCCUCCUCGCCUUCUACCCCGUCGACCAUCGUUUCGAUUCCGGCGACCGUCGACUCGACCCCGGAUGGCAAACAGCACAAUAUCACCGUGCACCUGGAGUCGGCCGUACGGAGAAGCAGCAGCGGUGGCGAUGCCGAGGAGGACGCGAUCGUUUCGGUCUAUCCUGACUCUCAGUACUCCCUCAAGGCAGCCGGUGACAACGCGCACCAUGGUAAAGCCAUUUGAUAUUUAAUGUACCAGAUAAACGUUUGUCAUAAGUAAGCGUUUCUCUGCCAGAUUGUGUCCGUUUUGAAGAAAAAAUGUGCCAAAUCGCCAAUUGUUUACUGUUUGUUAUAAAAAUUGGUGUAAUUUCUUGUUUAGAUUGAAUGAUUUUUAAAUUUUUAAAUUGAAGGCCACAAAGGCCUUUGAAACAGCUUCUUGAAAAAAAUAAUCAAAAUCCAAACUUUACCACUCAAAGAUGUCGUAAGUUUUAAGAACCAAGGAUUAUUUGUUAAAUUUUGUGAUUUUCAAUUUCAAGUAAAGACAAGAUGUGAAAAAUGCUAAAUAACAAGCCUGUUAAAGAAACGUGUAUCUAUCAAAAUCAAUCAAUUAUCCCAACAUGUUAACCGCCCGUAAGUGGUGCCCGAUCGACGGAACAAGGAAACAGAACGGAACUAAUAAUCAGCCGAAUAAGUAACAUUUAUUUAACUGCCAACAAUGCCAUAAGCAUAAGUAAACAAGUGAAUAACAAUUACAAGAGGUAGUAAAGCGUUGCACUGCUUAUACGUUAGUAAAACAUCGAUUCUAGCGCACGUACACACCCAACUUACAUCAAUAGUUACAGCCACGUGCUGCGCCAUGUAGCGAGAAAAAUUAUCUGCAAUUUAACAGCCUCGUUCACCUGCUAGAAGAUAUCAAACAAAAAUGUCCCACUUGAAGGCAAAGAGUGUAUUUUCGCGCACAAACACACCUGAGUUACACUUUUAGCCAUACACGUGCUUACCUAAAGCAGCAUGAAACCCGAAUAGUAAUGCAAACACAGGAAAGAAAUAGUUUUAGUAUAUCGUCCUACGUCUUCAACCAGCAUGAAUAGACGAGCAUAUUACACGUGGAAACACACUUUUAAGCAGACUUGAAAAAUUUGAUAGGAACGAUUGGACAAAGUGGGAUUCAGAUACUAAUAAACCACAGUGAAACGAACGAAAAAAGUAUGAAAUAUAAACGAGAAAAAUUGACUUAAAAUAGAUACGAAGAAUAACGAGAGAACAAAUUAAAAAAAAAAACAAACAAACAUACGCUGGGGUUAUUAUAAAGACUGAACAGUUCAUUUUAGUUGUUCGCCAUAGGAAGCAUGCUCGGUGUAGCCCACCCUCAUCCAGUACACAUUCCUUUUAUCGAGGCAAAGGUCGGAAACGGUCAUCGAAAGCACCUGCGCUCCACCAGCAAUGGCGAUGGAAAUGAACUGUCUAACAUUAAAAAUAACUUUAAAAAUAAUUAAAAGCAUUUGAAGAAACAGGAGAAAAAACAAGCGGAACGAUGGAAAGCGAGGUGAAA